AAAAAAUGGUGGAAUAGCUCUUCAGCUUUUUCCUUGAUAUUGUUUUAGUGUUAUUUUGAUUUCUGAUGAUGCAGAGUGGUGGAGCGUCGCUGCAGCAGCUCUCUGUCUGUUCCACUGCAAGAGCUGUUUUCGGCUCCAAAAUGACCAAACUCCAGCUGCUGAACGCUUACCUGACGGAGCGGCUGACCGUGGUGGUGAAGGAGAUCCUGGACGUGGUGGAGGACACGGUCACCGAGUACCGGGAGGAGGCCGCCAGAACCAAGCGGGAGAACGAGAGCCUGCGGAGGCAGCUGCGGGACAUCCUGCUGCUGGAGGCCGAGACCGAGUGGCUGAGUAAGGGCCGAGCUGUCCGGCUAGCUCCGUCAGAGCGCCGCUCCGAACCGCCCUGGAAAACACGUCCAGUUAAAGGAUCCACCAGGUCCAGUCUUGGUUUCGUGGCUCCUGAGCAGCAGUCCAGUGACCCGGAGCUGAGGCCCUGCCCAGAGGAGCCGGACUCCACCCUGAAGCCCCGGCAGCCUCCGGCUACCACGGCCAACCAGACUCAUGAGCAGGUGGUGUCUGUGCAGCUGCUGUCGGUCCAGAAACAGAGUCCUCCUCCCGGACCCAUCCUCCUCCCGGGGGACGAGGAGCCGGCCGAGACCUGGGAGCCGGUUCUGAAGCCUGAGCCUCAGCAGGAAGUGAUGAACAAGGCGUCACCUGUUCGCUCUCACUCCUCCCUGAAUCCUCCGCCCGCCUCGGGCCCUAUAGUCCACGUGGAGGUUCCAGUGCUCAGAGAGGAGCCGCAGGUUCCUGCUGUGAUCAAAACCGAACCCGAGGACUUCAAAGUGACCGAACCUGAAGGUCACACGGACUCUCUGACGGCGACCGCGCUCACUCACGCCACACAGGAGGAGUCCGGCUUCAGGAGCAGCGACGCAGACAGGACGGUGGUGGUGGUGCGUGCAGACCGACACGACGCUCAUCGAAACAAGGCGUCCUCUCAGGAGAAGAUGACGGUCUCGGUCGAUGAUGUCACAGUCGCCGGUUUUCCCCCUGAGCUCGUCCAUCGCUGCCCCCGCUGCGGCGAGGCGUUCAGCCAGGCCGGCAGCCUGCGCCUCCACCUGGAGCAGAAACGGAAGACCUACGCCUGCGAGUGGUGCUGCAAGUCCUUCGCGCAGUCGGCGGACCUGCGGCGCCACCUGCGCACGCACACGGGCGAGAGGCCGCACCGCUGCACCUUCUGCUCCAAGAGCUUCAGCCAGAGAGGAAACCUGAGGCGCCACCUGAGGAUCCACACGGGGGAGCGGCCGUACAGCUGCCCGUACUGCUGCCGCACCUUCAGCGACGGAGACACCAUGAAGAAACACAAGCGCACGCACUCGGGAGAGAAACCGUACCGCUGCGUCCAGUGCUCCAAGACCUUCACCACCUCCAGCGGCCUGCAGAUACACCUGAAGAAGGACAUGUGCUUCGUGGCUAACGCCUGAUUGGUCGGAGGCCGCAGGGAGGUGGAGUCACUUAGCAGAAACAUCCGCAGACGAGCUUCCUGUUUGAAGACGUCGAGCAGCAGGGGGUAGAAAACAUGUUGGGACAUUUUCACUAGAGCUGAAACAAUAAGACGGAAAAUAAUCAGCUGUUUUGAUCAAUUAGUUUUUAUGUAAAAAUACCAAAACGUUUUAGUUCCAGCUUCUCACUGUAUUUGAUGAUAAACUGAUAAAAACUAUUACUAUUUUCUGACACUUUACAGAUUAAUUAAUUAAUCAAUCAGUUAAUUAAUUAAUUGUGAAAAGGAGUCAUAGAAGUAAAAUCAAGUAUUUAGUAACUUGCUGAGAACUUUGCUGACGUGUUCCCUGUGAUUUGAAGUUGAAGACACGAAAACAACGUCACAUUAUUGGUUUGUUUUCUGCGGCGGAGCGUUCGGGUCACACGAGGAAAAAUCUGAAAUUACAAGAAUAGUCGUAAUUUUGAGAAUAGAAUCAGAAUAUUUCAAGAAAAAAAAGUCACAAUAUGAGAAUAAAGUUGUAAUUUUAGGUUCUGUGUCGUUUUAGAGGGAAACAGCAGAAGUUUUAAAACGAGGGACGUGGAGCAUCAUCAUCAUCAGGACAUUGAAAAGAUUGUGAAGUCUGUUCUAUUGUUAGACAAGCAGCAGCUGCCACGGACCGUCCUCUCACUCGUUUGAUUGGUUGCUUGUAAUCGUCCUAAAAAGUUUACAUUUUUUGAUCCUCGUCAUAUUAAGAUUUUAAUUCUUGAAUUUUCAGAUUUCUAUUUUUUCCCUCAGUGUGGCUCUAACGCUUCGCCGUAGUUUUCUACCCCCUUUGUGCAGAAACUCGUCUACUUCAUCAUGAGGAUGCGACUGAGCGUUCAGGUGGGGGCGGAGCUGUCGCACCUGGACAGGCAGCCAAUGACGAGGAGUCCAGGGAAACUGUUUACCUGAAUGGGACACGAUGGAGUCGUGUUUUAUUUGGCAGCUGCACAGUUGCACUGACUGACAUCAGCCACGCCUUCAUAUUAAUUUAUUUAUUUAUUGACGAGGACGGACUGACGAGGACGGACUGACGCGUCCUGCCGGAUGAAGACGUGUGCAGAUCAUGUCAAAAACAAGAUCCACAUCAGAAACAUGGACAGUCAUCGCUGAAAUAAACUACAUCAUUCCUAUAAUACAUUUCACUGAGCUGCCACUUUAUGAGGUUCACCCCCACCUUCCUACAGACUCUACGGCCCAGGCAGAACUAGAUCAGGCAGAUCAGUGAUACCUUAUUGAUCCCAGUGUGAAAAACAAGAGGAGGAAGACAGAUGCAGAAAUGAAGGAUCAGCUGUAAAACCAUCGUCUGUAUCGUCAGAAUUUGAUCCCGUCUCAAAGAGCAGAAUCAAUAAAUUAUCUCAGAGCUGUUUGGGACGAGUUUAGGGAACGGACGACUCAAGUGCUCAUGGGAAAUCCUUGCUGUGACAGCAAAGCCUCUAAAAAGUAAAUCAGCUUUUUCCACCUCUCCACAUCUGUGUGUCUCUCAGACACUCGGUCACGUCGCGUUGCGCCGCUGCCACAGUCCAAUGAAAGUGAUGAUUGAUCCACAUGUGACCAGGUCGCUACAGAGCAGCGACGUGUCCGACUUCCUGUCUGAGCUGGUUUUAAUGUGAACGGAUCCGGUCGUACAAAACACCUUCAGUUAAGAUUUUCCUUAAAGUCUGAGUGAAAGUUUCCUUAAAAUAAAAACAGUUGCAAAAACACCAUCAAGUUUUCUCCUCAAGGUUUCCCUCAGAAAUAUUCACUGAGGUAUUUAAGCUUUUUCCUCGUCUUAGUCUUGAAGUUCAGGAAUCACUUAACGUCAGUUAAACUGCUGCAAAAAGCCCCGAGCAACUGAAGUUCACCUGCUUCUCAAGGUCUCAUCAAAUCAACAGCAGGACGAUGAUAACAGGUCGGCCUAUCACAGGUGCUAAUGGCAGCAAAUAAACGGUCUCCAUGGAAACAGUAGAAUUUUCCCGCUGUAAAAUGUCUUUCACUGCUGUAAGUUACUUAAUGUUUUUCAAUAACAGGAAACCUUUUAAAUUAUUCUGUGCAACACCCUUAGGUGAGAGGAGAAGUUAAACCUUACGUGUUAAACUGAAGGUGUUUUGUGCAACGGGUCCCCUGGUAAACAGACGAUGACGUCAUCACUUUGUCUCAUACAGGCAACAACAACAACAACGUAAAGAGGUCAGAGGUCAGAGGUGUACCUAAUAAAGUGACAACUCAUUGUUGACAUUGAUAACAUGGAGGUACUUAAAGUCAAACACAUGACGAUGUUUGUGGUUCAGAUGUUUGAAAAUGUGACUUUUCAGAGACUGAAGCGUCACGUGAUCAGUGGCGGACGGUUCAGCAGCAGCAGACGACCACUUCCUGUCCAGGCGACAGGUGUGCGUUUGAUGUAGCAGGUGCAGCUGGAAACUGUGCUCUGUUUGUGUGGGCUGCUUUUCCAGACGAGAAGAGACUCUCCUGCGUCUGCUACAAUACUGAAGAUACAAUAAUAUAUUAUUAUUUAUUUUCCUCUCAUAGAUUUUAUCAGUGUUAGACGGCCUGAUCUCGCUCCUGCAAACGCUUCAGAGGCAGUGAUUGUAAAGCAUGAUGGGAAACUGCUUCGGACUGAGUGACGAUUCUCAGAAGAAGAAGAAGCCUGUGAACAGACUGGAGGAGCGGUCAGUGAACGUGACAGAGACUUUUCUGUGUCAUUAUCAGUAUUUUGUAUUCAUGUGAAACAUCUUGGAUUUUUAGCCAAAAUAAAUGUUCAGUGAAACUGU